ACAUACCACUAGGUUUCUUGCGGGAGAAGCAACCGAAAAAUGGAUACCGAAAAAGGUUAUCCAAGAGGUUUCAGAGCAGACAGUUUACGAACAGAAACAGGCCGCAUAAGUUUUCGAUCAGAUAGUAUGCAGAUAGAUGAAGCAGCCGAGCUACAACAAGGCGAGAUACAACAAGAGAACUCCACCUAUCUUGUCCUCUUCAAGAACAUAGACAGUGGAAACUUGGAAGCGACGAAAGAGUUCUUGGACCGAAACCCUGAGGCUUUAACCGCAAGCUUAACCUCUAACGGAGACACACCAAUCCAUAAAGCUGUUUUGUCGGGUCACAUCAAGAUCGUGGAAGAGAUCAUUAGACGAAUUCAUGAUCCAGAGCAAGAGUUAAAGAUCAAGAACGAUAAUGGUUACACAGCGCUUACUUAUGCUGCCACUGGUGGAAUUGUGAGAAUCGCAGAGUGUUUGGUGAAUAAAUGUCCCGGUUUGGUUAGUGUUCGGAAUGCGAAAGAGCAUAUACCAAUGGUGGUGGCUUCGUUGUACGGUCACAAACAUCUGGUUCAGUAUCUUUACAAUCACACACCUCUCAGUGAUCUUGAUCCUGGUGAUGAUUCAGAUGAACACAAGGGCAAGAACGGAGCGAUGCUCGUGACAAAUUGUAUAGUAGAUGGAUUAUAUGGUAUUGCUUUGGAUCUGAUUCAGAGGUAUCCUAAGUUGGCUUAUACUCGAGACAGUGAUAACGAUACAGCGAUCAUUGCGCUUGCUCAAACGCCUCAUGCGUUCCCUAGCGUUCCACACAUAAUUAGACGUGUAUACAAACUGAAGCUAGGGCAUGCUCAAGCCAAAGAAAUACUAGACUGUAUCUGCCAAGAGAUACCAAAAUUCGACGCGGCCCAACAGAAGAACGCUGGCCUAAACCAAGCUCUCUUUAAGGCGGUAGAGAAUGGUAUAGUAGAGUAUAUCGAGGGAAUGAUGAGGCAUUAUCCUGAUAUCGUAUGGUUCAAAGAUAGUUGUGGUCUUAACAUCUUCUUCUACGCGGUAAGCCAGAGACAAGAGAAGAUCUUUAGCCUCAUUUACAAUAUGGGUGCUAAGAAGAACAUCCUCGCUACAAACUGGGACAAAUUCCAUAACAAUAUGCUUCAUCAUGCCGCUUAUCGAGCCCCAGCCUCACGGCUUAAUCUCAUUCCUGGUGCAGCUCUUCAGAUGCAAAGGGAACUACAAUGGUUCAAGGAAGUGGAGAGGUUAGUGCAACCGAAGCAUCGAAAAAUGGUUAACUUGAAGCAGAAGAAAACUCCAAAGGCUCUGUUUACAGACCAACACAAGGACCUCGUGGAGCAAGGAGAGAAAUGGAUGAAAGAAACAGCAGCUUCUUGCACAGUAGUAGCCGCUCUAAUCACGACAAUGAUGUUUUCCUCGGCGUUUACUGUCCCCGGAGGUUACCGUUCAGACAAUGGCAUGCCACUCUACAUCCACAAGCACAUGUUUAAGAUUUUCCUCAUCUCCGACGCUAUCUCUCUUUUCACAUCAUGCAUGUCUCUCCUCAUGUUCCUCGGCAUUCUCAAGUCUCGCUACCGUGAAGAGGAUUUUCUUCGAUCACUUCCGACAAAACUGAUCGUGGGUCUUUUGGCUUUGUUUCUGUCGAUGGCGACGAUGAUGGUGACUUUUGUCGUGACGCUCAUGACUCUGGUUGGAGAGAAAAUCUCGUGGGUUUCGGCUCAAUUUAUGUUUCUUGCGGUGAUUCCGCUGGGGAUGUUCGUUGUUCUUCAGUUUCCUGUUUUACUUGAGAUCUUCUGCUCGACUUAUUUCCCUAGAGUUUUUGAUAAGCCUCCCCAGUCUCGGCGAAUGUUUAAACUUUUCUCGAGAUUUUAAUGAUAAUGAUCAAAUUAAUAACUCUAUAGACUAUUUCACUUAGGUUUGAUCAGAAAGUUUCUCGACCGAGUUUUCUAUUCGUUUGUUAGACGGACUAAUCAAGUUGUUGAGAUGCU